UUAUUUCACUUUUCAUCGAUACCGGACUGGCUCAUCAGUCGACCGAGGAGAGGCAUAGCAAUAAAAAACCGCAAUCGUUGCAAAGUCAACAACAGUCGUUGUCCUGGAUAAAGUCGCACAGCUUUAGAAUGAAAUGGAGAUGCAAAGCUACUCUGGUCAUGGACCAACGGCAGCAGCAACAGCAACAGACACAGAAACAGCAACAUUCACAACAGCCACAUUGUCGGAAUUUCCUUUCAGUUGUCGCCUGGAAAAGGCGGCUGAGCCUGAGGUCUGGCAGCCGUUUAUUAGCUGCGAAACGUAUCCUGCAACCAGCAACAGUAGCAGCAGCAGCUACACAACAGCUACCGGCAACAACAGCAACAUCCUGCCCACCAUCAGCAGCAACAGCAGCAUCAUCCACACAUUCCAGUGUACUCGACAAACAUUCGAUGCGACGGGGGCAUUCUACUCAUGCGAUCAGGAAGAGGAGGAAUCAUUGUCUGGGCUCUGCGCGUUGAAACUGAAGGCCCGACUGUUGCAAGUGCCACAAGCGGCGUAUGAGCAAUUUCGACUGGCAAUCAACGAGGCCCUCAGUGAUAAUGGGAGUGGUACACUUAGUGAUAGUUCGAGAUGCGAGCACGGCGAGGAUGGAAAUCUAUUGCAAUGUGAGGAGAUUGGGCCACGGGACGAUGCAUUCAUGUGUUACCUGCAGCAGCAGAAGCCACAUCAGAGACUGCCACUGGGGGAGCAGGAGGACCUACUAACUGGCCCCACCAAUGACAGCCUGCUGGAGGCGUCCUUUGGCAGCGGCGACUAUCAAAUCGAGCUGGGAGGUAGCCUCUGGUCUUUGCUCAACGCCAGCACAGAGCUAAUUGAGCCCAAAAAUGGCACCUUUGGCAUUUUGAACGCCACCAGCUCUAGUUUGGACAUGAUUCUGUCCAACUACACAGCACUGGCCACCACCACCGCCGCCUCGACGGCAGUCACCUCCACGGACCUGGGGGUGUCGAGGAGCUUUCUGGACUACAGUCCCCACGGCUAUGACUGGCUCUUCCUGUUCGUGGUCUUCUUCAUCUUUGCCGGCGGGCUGGGGAACAUUCUUGUCUGCCUGGCGGUCGCUCUGGACAGGAAGCUGCAGAAUGUCACCAACUACUUCCUCUUCUCGCUGGCAAUAGCCGACCUGCUGGUCAGCCUCUUUGUGAUGCCCAUGGGCGCCAUACCGGCUUUUUUGGGGUAUUGGCCACUUGGCUUUACUUGGUGCAACAUUUAUGUGACCUGCGAUGUGCUGGCCUGUUCCUCGAGUAUUCUGCACAUGUGCUUCAUAAGUCUGGGACGGUACUUGGGGAUACGGAAUCCACUGGGAUCGAGACAUCGAUCUACGAAACGCCUGGCCGGGAUUAAGAUAGCCAUUGUCUGGGUGAUGGCCAUGAUGGUCUCUAGCUCCAUAACUGUUCUGGGUUUGGUUAACGAGAAAAAUAUUAUGCCGGAGCCGAAUAUCUGUGUCAUCAACAAUCGCGCCUUUUUCGUCUUUGGGUCUCUGGUGGCCUUUUACAUUCCGAUGCUUAUGAUGGUCACCACCUACGCCCUGACCAUUCCUCUGCUACGGAAAAAGGCCAGAUUUGCAGCCGAACAUCCAGAGAGUGAACUUUUUCGACGGCUAGGAGGACGCUUCACCAUAAGGCCCCAGCACAGCCAGCAACAAUUGCAGAUGCACAGCAGCUUUUCCAGCACCAACAAAUUCCUGGCUCUGAGCGACAGCAAUCGCAAUUUUAACAAUUCUGUCGGCGGGGGGGUGGAGGGUGGUGCCUCAAGGGGCAGCGGCGUCGAGGUGGCGGAACGUCCGUUGAUGCAACAGCGAGAGACCAACUCCAGGGGCAACGUUGCGACGGUCAGCUUUCGCAACGUGGCUAACGGCGGGGGUGGAGGAGCCCGAGGCUCGUCCGCCGGGCGGAGUAGCUUCCGUUUGGCAGGUGGCGGGAUCUUGCGCCACUCGUCGACCCCCGCUCCUGCCACCAAAUCAAGCAGCUUCUGGCGCAAGCACGGUGGCAAUCCGAACCUAAUGGACAGCCACCCGAACCGACGAGCCUCUGUGCGUGUCAGCAUCUCUCAGCCACAAUUGGGUUACCCAACAAAUGGUAAUGGAGGUUCUGGAGGAGGAGGAAGUGGCUGUGGCAGUGGCAGUGGAGCCGCAGGAGGUGGUAGCAACGGCAAUGGCUCAGCUGCGGCGACAACGAGCUGCACAACUCCUGGAGGCGACAACACCAGCAUGAUGAACAUCGCCACCAUACAGGGUCAGAGCCUGGCCCAAAACCAGUCAUCUUCCGGCAACCACCAGCUGGAACAGGUGAGGCCAACGGCUUCCAAAUCUGACGAACGGCAGCGCCACAAAUUGCGGCCCUUUAAGUUUUCUUUAAAUCGCGUAGCAACGCCGACGCUCAAUUUACGGUUCCUUAACAAUCGCAACAAACGAAAUAGUUUAUCCGCCAAUGCCGUGGCCACCGAACAAAAGGCCACUAAGGUGCUGGGUCUAGUCUUUUUCACCUUUGUCCUGUGCUGGUCGCCUUUCUUCAUACUGAACAUAAUAUUUGCGGCAUGCCCCGAAUGCCAGGUUCCUGAACAUGUGGUGAACACCUGCCUCUGGCUUGGCUACGUCUCCUCCACGAUCAACCCAAUCAUCUACACAAUUUUCAAUCGCACGUUCCGAGCGGCCUUCAUCCGGCUGCUCAAAUGCAACUGCGAACGUUCCGGUCGCCCACUACGCUACCGCUCCGUGACAGAAGGACGAAGCGCUUUGAGCCUGUGCGCCCCCUCAGCCCUGCCACUGGCCAUAUCCUUUCAGGGGGCGCCUCUGAUGACCCCCUCCACGGCGAACGCGACGCCGCUAAGCGAGUUCCGGGGCAGCUACACAAUCACCGACGACGAGUGCUGAGGACAUUAUUGGAUGUCUCCUCAAAAAAAAUACGAAUUUAAAACGACAAAAAGCAAAACUCAAACGGAGUCAUCUGUACUUGCAAGCUUGUGAGCAACAUGCUUGUGAAUUAUAGAAUAAUUCAUGCGAACCUAACCAAAACUAAUCACAAUCAAAAGGACGACUUUUCUAGACAAAGCAACUUAACUAAAACCUUUUAAAAAAAACUCAUCAUAUCAUUGUACGUCAGGAAAAGAUAUAUAGGCCGAUACUUUUAAAGAGUGAGAGGAUGUGAGUGCAAUGAUGAAGCGACUGUACCUGUUUUUCAUUUCCAUGCCAACAUUCUAGCUUUACGCAACGCUAAAAAAAUUAAAUAAAGUUUAAAAGUAAGCAAGAUAUUGAAUCAUUGUUAAAUUGUAACUACCUAUGUGUGUAUUUAAACUGUGUUUGUUAGUCAUUAGUAGUCCUAGAACCUAAUGCGGAUUCGAUUAGCAAGGAAUUCGGUUUCCCGCCCACCCUCGAUGCCUAUUCCAAAACCGGGCAGCUUUGCUGUUCCUUUAGAUUCUCAGUGUAUAAGUGUCUGUCUUUAGAUAAUAAGAAAGCUGUUCCAUGAAAUGAAUUGCAGUACUUGAAAUGUAAAUUAAUUGAUAAAUAAAUUCCAAGUAAUGCAAACAUAA